AUAGGGCCAUUCUCUUUAGUGUUUGCCCUGUCUUCCCUAUGUCCACCUCCUCGGCGCCCGCAUUUUGAUAUAAAAAUAUCACAGACCGACUGUUAAAACUGGCUGUCAACAAAAGCAAAGCAUACUAAAUCAAUGUGUCUUAUGGAGUAACCAAGAGUUGAACGAAAGGAACGACGAGGCAGAACUUGUUAGUCAGACCUCCUCAAUCAACAGUUCCUCCCAUUCACCACUACACUGUAAAGUUAGUGUCUUGGUCUCAGUUUAAUCUUGUCUAAGAUAGAACAACAAGGAUGUCCCAGCUCCAGUUUCAGUGCCCUACUAGUCCCAUGCCUGCUGUUUCUGCCCCACUGCCAAUGGGGCAGCCACAGCCUGGCUAUAGCAUCCCCUGUGCCUCAGGCACCCUGCCCUCAGAGAGUGCCAGCCAGCCCAUCAGGAGCUCCGCUCUCCCUGCAGGCUCAGCGACUCCCUACAAUACCACCACAGUAUCUAACAUGGCAAACCCUAAAGAGAAGACCCCCAUGUGUUUGGUGAAUGAGUUAGCCCGUUUUAACAAGAUCCAACCUGAGUAUAAGCUGCUUUGUGAGCAAGGGCCAGCUCACUCAAAGAUUUUCUCAGUAAGACUCACGCUGGGAGAUCAGCACUGGGAGGCAGAGGGGACCAGCAUAAAGAAAGCCCAGCAUUCCGCUGCUGCAUCUGCCCUCGCUGAAACAACACUUCCUAAACCCACCGCGAGGACCCCACGUAAUACAGGCAAGACCCCAGCAGACUGUAUGACACAUACCAUGGAGCUCAAUGCACUAUGUAUGAAGCUUGGUAAAAAGCCAGUGUAUAAACCCAUCGACCCAUAUCCAGGGAUGAGACCUCCAAACUUCAACUACAAUGUCCGGGCUCCAGGGCCUUACCAGCGCUCUAUGCAACAGUACUACUACCCAUUUCCUCCUGUGGGACCAGUUAUAUACCACAUGGAGCUAUCCAUCGGAGGCCAGCAAUUCAUUGGAAAAGGACGCACACGGCAGUUAGCAAAACAUGAUGCUGCUGCCAAGGCCCUGAAAGUGCUGCAGAAGGAACCAAUGCUCCAACAGUUGCCAGUGAUGAAUGGAGAGCCUGAGGAGGAAAACCUCAACAAAUCAGAAAUUAGUCAAGUGUUUGAAAUUGCACUUAAACGUAACUUACCGGUCAACUUUGAGGUUUUAAAGGAGGAAGGCCCUCCCCACAUGAAGAGUUUUGUAGUGCGUGUCACAGUCGGGGAGUUCACUGGAGAGGGUGAAGGAAAGAGUAAAAAGAUUGCUAAGAAGCUGGCAGCAGCAGCUGUUCUGGGAGAGCUGAAGAGGCUGCCCCAUAUACCCAGUGUUGAAAAGACACUGCCACGCAUUAAAAAGAAAACUAAAUCCAUCAUCAAGCUGCAGACCAGCCCAGAGUAUGGCCAGGGUAUGAAUCCCAUCAGUCGCCUGGCUCAGAUCCAACAGGCCAAGAAAGAGAAGGAGCCCGAGUACAGCAUGGUUACAGAGAGAGGUCUUCCUCGGAGAAGGGAGUUUGUGAUGCAGGUGACAGUGUGUGGCCAGUCUGCAGAAGGAAUGGGACCCAGUAAGAAGGUGGCCAAGCGAAAUGCUGCUGAGAAAAUGCUUGAACUUUUGGGAUAUAAAGUGCCUCAACCUCAGCCUCCCAAACCGGCACUCAAAACAGAUGAGAAGACCCCAGUGAAAAAACCUGGUGAUGGGCGCAAAGUGACCUUCUUUGAACCUGGCUCUGUAGAAGAAGUGGCUUUGGGUUCUAAGGAGGAGGACUUCCGUCUGCCUUAUCUGAGCCACCAGCAGCUGCCUGCAGGUAUCCUGCCUAUGGUGCCUGAGGUGGCUCAAGCAGUCGGGGUCUGUCAGGGUCCCCAGGCCAAAGACUACAGAGCCAUGCCUAACCCAGGCAAGGCCACAGUCACUGCCAUGAUUGCCAAUGAGCUGCUUUAUGCAGGUACAUCCUUGACUGCUGAAACUAUCUUGAAAAACAAAAAUAACCUGAACCACCUGCCGCAUGGACCCCUCACCAGGCCCUCGGAACAGCUCGGCUAUCUUGCAUCCGUGCAGGGCCUUCAGGUGGAGUACAAAGAUUUUCCCAAGAACAAUAAGAACGAGUUUGUGUCACUGAUAAACUGCUCCUCCCAGCCUCCACUAAUUAGUCAUGGGAUUGGGAAAGAUGUAGAGUCCUGUCAUGAUAUGGCUGCACUGAAUAUAUUGAAGAUGCUCUCAGAGUUGGACCAACAGUCAAACGAAAGAACAGGAAAUGGACCAGUCUCUGGGUGUGGGAAGCAGGAAAUUGAAGGUGACUUGCAAGUUAAACAGGCUAACUCAAGCACAUUGGCACACACCUUGGAUGGCACUGUUUAGAUGAUCAGGUUUGGUUGUCUGUAAAAGCACUAGAGAAAACUUCGACACUGUGUUCUUAGUCCAUUUUUAGACGGCUACAGGAAGCUUUGGGUGCUGUAAGUUCUGAAUCAUCACUUUUCAUAUUAGUUGUUCCAAAAUGUCCACAGUUAAACAAGAUUGAUAGAAAAACAGUUUCUUCUCCUUGAUGUUGUUUAAUUGUACGCAUUAUUUAUUUGUAUGUUGCUUUGUAGAAAAAGUUGCUGCAUCCUAGUCAAUGAGUCGGUCUUCUACUUGGUGAAAAUAAAUGAAGCGAACUGUGAACUCUUGUUUUGCCUAGAACCUCUCUGUGAGACCUGCUAAUUCCUGUUUUUAAGUGUUUUAUGUUUUAUCCCACGCUGAGAUAGUCAAUUUAAAAAAAAAAAAAAGAUCUUGUUAGCGAUUCUACCACAUCUUUGCCUAGGGUGCAGCUUGCGGACCUUUGUUGAUUUUCCUAGAGUGCUUUAUAUCAACAACCACAAGUCAAGUGUUAUCUGCAUUACCAUGUAGGUCUGGGAAGAUUCUGUGACUAAAUGUAGUUUGUGAUUUAAUGUUGUCUCUGCUGUGUGCAGCAGGGCCGUGUCCCUGUUGCAUCAGUCUCCCUGACACUCCCUUUGCCUCCCUAAUGUCAGCCUCCCUUCUCUCUCCUCACAUGGUAAUAAAAUGUCAGUGCUGUUAGGCACAAAACAGAG